CCACGGUGACGGUUGCCACCGCCCUGGCCCCGCCUCCGCCUGCCCCGCCCCCGCCGCCGUUCCCGGUCACUCUCCCGGUCUCCCGGAGCCGAGCGGAGCUGCCGCCCGGGGCCGCGGUGAUGGGCGCGGGCCGGCUCUGACGGGGCCCCGCCGCUGCCAUGGACCCCCCGCGUCUCAACGAGUCUCUGCAGGAGCUGCUCUGCCGGCCCGGCCCCGGCCCCGGCCCCGGCAACGGCUCCGGCACCGGCAACGGCUCCGCCUGCGACCUGCUCCGCAGGGGCCUCCGCGGGCCGCCGGCGCCCCGAGAGCUGGACGUGGCACUGCGGGUGCUGCUCUAUGGGCUGAUCUUCGCGCUGAGCGUCGGGGGGAACGCACUGGUGGUGGCCGUGCUGGUGGCCAACCGGCGCCUGCGCACCGUCACCAACUGCUUCCUGCUGUCGCUGGCGCUGAGCGACCUGCUCCUGGCGCUGUGCUGCAUGCCCUUCAGCCUCCUGCCCGCCAUCAUGGGCUCCUUCGUCUUCGGGGAGGCCAUCUGCAAGCUCAUGGCUUACCUCAUGGGGGUGUCGGUGUCGGUGUCCACGUUCAGCCUGGUGGCCAUCGCGCUGGAGCGCUACAGCGCCAUCUGCAAGCCGCUGCAGUCGCGGGCCUGGCAGACGCGCUCCCACGCCUGUCGCGUCAUCGCGGGCACGUGGCUGGCGGCGGCGCUGCUCAUGGUGCCCUACGCCGUGUACAGCACCACGCGCUCGGCGGCGCGGGGCGUGCGCCCGCUCACCACCCAGUGCACCCACCGCUGGCCCAGCGAGCACGUGCGCCAGGGCUGGUACAUCCUGCUGCUCCUCAUCCUGUUCUUCAUCCCGGGUGUGGUGAUGAUGGUGGCCUACGGGCUCAUAUCCCGCGAGCUCUACCGGGGCAUCCGCUUCGAGCUGGACAUCAAAGGCGAGGCCGCAGCUCACCAUGGUGGUGCCGGGGACGAGGCAUCCCCGGCCUGUGACGAGGGUGAUGGGUGCUACCUGCAGCUGUCCCGGCCGGGCGCUGCACUGGAGCUGAGGGCGCUGGGCGCGCAGCAGGACCGUGCACGCGUCAACAGCUCAGAGGCCAAGCUGGUGGCCAAGCGGCGCGUGAUCCGCAUGCUGGUGGUGAUCGUGGCCAUGUUCUUCCUGUGCUGGCUGCCCAUCUUCUCGGCCAACACGUGGCGCGCGUUCAGCCCGCGCGCAGCUCAGCGGGCGCUCUCGGGGACGCCCAUCGCCUUCAUCCACCUCCUGUCCUACACCUCAGCCUGCGCCAACCCCCUCAUCUACUGCUUUAUGAACCGGCGGUUCCGCGCCGCGUUCCUGGCCACGUGCUGCUGCCGGCACCGAGCCUGCCCGCGCCGUGCGCUCCACGACGAGACGGCCGCUGCCGCCACCAGCGCCUCACUCUCCAAGUUCAGCUACACCACGGUCAGCAGCAUCGGCCCCCCAUGAGCACCAGCAACACUGACAGCACCGGCAGCAUCCCUAUCCACAAUCUCAUCCCCAUCUCUAUCCCCAUGCUUGUCCUCAUCCCCAUCCCCUCCCAUUCCAUCUCACCCCAUCCCUAUCCCCAUCCUCAUCUUGUCUCAUCCCCAUUCCCACCCCAUUCCACCCCUGCCCCAGGUUGGUAGUUCAGGGUUUGGGGGUUCUGGAGCCCCCAGCCCAGCUCCAGGUCCCCCCACACUGAUCCUGGCUCCGGCUGGAAUAAACUCGCCCUGUGCCGAUGCUUCCCACUG